CCAGGGUCCCGUGCCCGCCGCUGGUCGCGGAGCCCGGCGGCCGGACAGGUGCUCGGGUCACAGCCUCUGUGCCCGCGACGCUCCCUGGGUGGACUCAUUGGACGGAGCUGGGCUAUGCUGUUUGCCAGUGGAGGCUUCGAGGUGAAGCUCUACGAUAUUGAGCAACAGCAGAUAACAAACGCCCUGGAAAACAUCAGAAAGGAGAUGAAGCUGCUGGAGCAGUCGGGUUCCCUGAAAGGCACCCUGAGUGUGGAACAGCAGCUGUCCCUCAUCAGUGGCUGCGCCAACAUUGCAGAAGCAGUAGAGGGCGCCAUACACAUUCAGGAAUGUGUUCCAGAAAACCUAGAACUGAAGAAAAAGAUCUUUGCUCAGCUCGAUCGCAUUGUGGAUGACAGAGUCAUCUUAAGCAGUUCGAGCUCGUGCCUCUUGCCUUCCAAACUCUUUGCCGGUUUGACACACGUGAAACAGUGCAUCGUGGCUCAUCCAGUGAACCCGCCGUAUUACGUCCCACUGGUGGAGCUGAUCCCUCACCCUGAGACGGCCCCGGCCACCAUAGACAGAACCCAUGCCCUGAUGAAGACGAUUGGGCAGUCCCCCGUGCGGCUCCUGAGGGAGAUCGACGGCUUCGUCCUGAACCGCCUGCAGUACGCUGUCAUCAGCGAGGCCUGGAGGCUGGUGGAGGGAGGAGUCGUGUCUGCCCGUGACCUGGACCUCGUCAUGUCUGAUGGACUGGGCAUGCGGUACGCGUUCAUCGGGCCGCUGGAGACCAUGCACCUCAACGCGGAAGGUAUGGUGAACUACUGCGACAGGUACAGCGAAGGGAUGAAGCGAGUCCUGAAGAGUUUUGGACCCGUUCCAGAGUUCUCUGGGGCAACAGUUGAGAAAGUGAACCAGGACAUGUGCAGGCAGGUCCCGGAUGACCCAGAGCACUUAGCUGCCAGAAGGCAGUGGAGGGACGACUGCCUCAUGAGACUUGCCAAGCUGAAGAGCCAGGUGCAGCCCCAGUAGAUGUUCUGUAGCACUGCUUCACUCCAACGCUGAAGUCCUGUUUGGGAAAAUUGGAAAUACUUGAUUCGUGUCUCUUAGCAGAGAGCAGCCCAGGGGUGCACGACCUGAAGAUUCAAGAGCCUUCCUCCCCGCCGUUUAACCACCGAAAUGGGUGGAGGCGGGGUCUCCUCGUCAUCUGGGGCAUCACCCAGGGUUUGGAUGUCAUAGCCGCACUUGGGUUUGAUUUCCUGCCACUUGGGCAAAUAAUCUAAAGAUUUAAUCUUUUCUGUAGGAUUACAUAGGCUGCAUUUUACAGUUGAUGAUUGUAGCUUCCUGUUACUUUAAUCAGUAGCAAAACUAUAUUUGUAAUCAAUUUCCUGAUCCCUGUCUGAGUACUCUGUGGCUCUGCAUUUAGGACACAGUGAUCUUCACUGUACUAAUGCUUAUCCUGAAUAAAAGGUUUUGAUUCCAUAAA